AUGUCCAUGAGCGGGGGCCAGCCGGGCCCCGAAAUGGACUUGCCGGAGUUCAUGUCUCGCUCGCAGCAGCAGGCGGACGGCAGCAGCAGCCUUGCUGUUGCUGCUCAGGAUCUCUUCGACAUGGUGUCUCCAAGACUGUCUCUUCAGGGCUCCACGGAAUUGCAUGAUGGGCCCAGUGCAGCAGCAGCAGCAGCAGCAGCAGGGAAGCCUCUUCUCAGCAGCAUGAGCAGCAGCGAGUCCCACAUUCCAACUCAGAGGCCACGCGGCAGCCCGACGCUGCUGCCGCCGCAGCAGCAGCAGCAGCAGCAGCACUUCCUUGAUAUGCCACCCUUGCCGCCCCCCAAGCAGCAGCCGGUGGGUAGGCAGCAGCAACUGCCGCAGCAACAGCAGCAGCAGCAGCAGCAAGACCAGCAGCAGCGCUUGCUGCAUCAUCCGCAGCAGCGGGGGGGACCCUUCAGCGACGUUCCUCAGCAGCAGCAGCCACAGCAGCAGCAGCAACAGCUGAAGCCCUUCUGCUGCUGCCAGUGUGGGCAGAAGCUUUGCUGGGCAGCAGCAGCAUUUGGUAUUUAA